UGUCUGUCUGUUCCUAUAUAUACAGUGAAAGUUUAUGUCCAGUUUUGCCGCUAUCCGUUCGUUGCGGCCCGUUUCGUAAGCAACGGCGCCUUGCCGGCGAUUUCUAUUGAUCGUCACGCGAUUUCAUCCUUUGUCAUCAUAAUCGUCGUGUCGCUCAGUCGCAAUUGACUUCCGUCGUCUUCGAAAUGACGUCGCUACUGCAGAUGGGCCUAUUCGGUGAUUCGAGCUCACCAUUCGAUGAAAGCAUCGAAAAAGUCACGGCUGAGCAUUUAACUAGUGAAAAUUGGGCUAUGAUUCUUGAUGUUUGCGAUAAAGUCAAUAGCGACCCUCGGGCACCGAAGAAUGCGCUACUUUCAAUCAGGAAGAGACUCAAUCACCGUGAUCCUCACGUCGUACUUCUCGCACUUUCGGUGCUGGACUCUUGUUGGAGUAAUUGCGGUCCAGCUUUUCGUAAAGAAGUAUCAUCUGCAGGUUUCAUUAGUGAACUCCAAUCGAAGGCUGUUCAUAGUACUCGUCUGAUUGCCGAGAAGACGCGGAUGAUGAUCCAAAAAUGGGUCGAAAACGAGUGUAAAUCAGAUGCUUCGUUGUCACUUGUGGUCACUCUCUACAAAAAUCUCGUUGCUGAUGGUCUUUCAUUUACAUCUAAUGAGCCCAAGAAAUCCAAUAUUAACAGGGACAUUGAGGCGGAAGAAGAAGAUGCUCUCGCGCGAGCCAUCGCGCUCUCAUUACAAGAAGCUGACAAAAACCCGAAGGUCACCAAAGCCUAUCCGUCUUUCACCGCUGCACCUGCCACUAAUGGAACCAGUAACAAGUCGAAUAUGUCACGGUCCGAACGUACCGUGCGGGCGCUGUACGAUUUUGAAGCUGCGGAAGACAAUGAGCUUUCUUUUGUCAGUGGGGAUUUGAUCACAGUAACGGACGACAGUAAUGCGAAUUGGUGGUGUGGUCGUAUCGGCGUCCAGCAAGGCCUGUUUCCAUCCAGUUUUGUCACAUCUGACCUAUCUGAAGUGAAGCCCGAGUCGGUUCCCACAUCAAACAGUACACCAGCCCCGGCAGUAACAGCAAUUGAUGAAUCAGUAUUAUUGCGAUGUAUACAAAUGCUGGAGGAUUGUGAUCCCACCGGUGAAACACCUGAUCCUCCUGAAUUGGCCAAGGUUGAACAAGCUGCUCGCGCACAAGGUCCCUUGAUAAAUGCGCGCUUGGCUGCGAUCGACUCUCAAGUCAACGCACUUUCUCAGGUUGAUAUGGCAAUCCGAGAUGUUCUGGCAUUGUAUGAUCAGGCUGUGCAACAAGCGCACUUCCAGCCAUCCAUUUAUCAACCUCCGGUUGCGAAUCCAACUGCAUCAGUAAUGGCUCCGCCACCCGCUAGUAUGCCACCUAAUCCUGCUUAUCAAGCGCCGUAUGGUAAUGUUCCUCCUCAAAAUAUUUCCGUGUCAAAUGUGCAAGUUCGACAAGAUCAGCAAGCUCCCUACGUACAGUACGCACCAGUCCCUCAGCCCCAAUAUCAACCGCAAGCUCAAAUGCAGCCAGAUUGGAAUCAAGCACCUGUGCAACAUUCUGCUCAAAACUAUUGAAGUGAACAAAAAUAUCCAUAUGUCAGUCAGUUCCAUCUUAUCUGUUUACGAAUUGGGUAUUCCUUACUUCAUCUGUUGUGACCAUCCAAACUAGUUACUGAUCGGACUCGGACAGAACGUGAGCUUUCAUUACGUUUUAUCACUUGACGAUCCUUGUACAUAUGUACGUUAAUUCUAUCCAUGAAGAUUAAUUAUUUGUAAAUGUCAUGCAAAAUUUUUUUGAAUAUAUUUAUCAAUGAGAAUCGCUUGUACCUCGUCACGUGAAGAAC